AUGUCACUAAUCGCAACGAGUUCUAGGUGUUUCAACGCACUGGAAGCAGCCUUGGAGGCAGUGAAAACCGGUAACGCUGACAGCUCAGAGGUUAUGAUUAAAUCCAUAAGACAAGACGGAGUGUUGUUACAAAAACAGGCGUCAAUCCGCUGUGAUGAGCUCAAACAGGACGAGAAGAAGCAGCAAGAAUUAGACGAGGAUCUAACUAGACAGAUAAACAAGUUACACGCAGAAGAGGUUGAGCUUAAAAACAGGAGGCAAGGUUUGGAAGCGAAGAAAUCAGCGCUGAAUGAAGAGAGGGAACGUUGCUGCCGAAACAAACGAGAUGCAUCUCGGAGAUACGAAAAUGCAAAGGCAGAGAAGAGGGAAGCUGAAGAGAAAUUGGAGGAAGCGGAAAAAUGGGGUUGGGUGCCUGGUUACGGCUUGUUUCUAGCCGUUCGAGAACUUGUUGAAAACAAUGAGGAAAAGGCUCGUGAUGCACGCAGAGAAAUGGAGCGUUAUGACGAAGAAAUGAGAAGAGCCGAAAGUAACAUCCGGUCGGCAAACACCGCUAUUUCUCAGGUAGGUGUCAUUUCUUUUACGUGUUCUUUUAUUGUCAUAGGCAAAAAAGCAUGUAAAGCGAAACUCUCAACUAUAGCUACGAGACUUUUUGCUUUCGAAGUGUGUUUCUCAUUUGUCUGGCCCGUUUUACGUUAAGCGAAAAAUAAUCGGACACUUAAAGGGCGGAAUGUUUCACUUUCCGACACUUCGGCCUCCGAAUAACCUUCGCGUUAAUUUAACACGGAUUCCCGUAUAUGAUGUUCCAUCAAGCUCAGCAUUCUGUUUCAUCAUCUCUUUGUACUGCAGUUCUGUUCAGUGAUAUCGCUCAUUUUACAGGCCAAUUUUUCAUAUUUUUCUGCAGGCAGAGAAGGACCAAAAUGACAUUUCAAAGAAAGUGGCAGACCUAAAUAGACGACGAGAAUCAUGUCACGAGGAGCUUGGUAAAAUAAAGACGUUGAUUUCAUUCGUCAUGCAAGCUACUACAUUCUGGGAGGAAGUGAUCAUGCUCGCCAACGCAGCAACAGUCAAAACCGAACAGGUUGAAAAGAUUGUGGAUCGGGCUGCCAAGAAAAAUAGUGUCAAGAUUCUCAGUAGCAGAGGUACAGAGACUAAGAUGAGGUCAUUCAAAGAAUCCUGGAUGGAAGUAGCAGAG